UCCCUCCCUCAAUUUGCUUUUCUCGCUUCCUCUCUGCAACUCUUUCCACUGCCUUAUCUCUUCUCUUUCCCUCCUUCACUCUCUAAAUUUCCUUUCCCAGCCAUGAGAGAAGACAAAGCCGUUCUUCACUUCAGACGCAUCCCUAGCCUUGAAGCCUCACAUUGCGGUCUCCUUGAAACGGCCAACCACGAGCCUCUCUGGACAAAAAACGCCUCUCUUCGUAUAUGUUCUCCGAGCAUCAAUGGUAGUGGCUGUGGCAGUUUCGGUAAUUUUGCGUGCGUUUCAAUAGCGGAGAAAAGAGACCAGAAAGAUUUCGCACCGCGAACGGCUCAGCUCCUGAAGCAUCCUCUUGCCAUGCUCGCUCUCGUACCCAGAGACGCGGCGAUAUUUGCUGCUGGAGCCAUCGCAGGGGCGGCCGCGAAGACGGUUACGGCCCCGCUGGACCGUAUCAAGCUUCUUAUGCAGACUCAUGGUGUGAGAGCUAGUCAACAAAGUGCAAAGAAGGCAAUUGGUUUCAUUGAGGCCAUAGCUUUGAUAGCAAAAGAAGAGGGGAUUAAGGGGUAUUGGAAGGGGAAUCUUCCGCAGGUGAUACGGGUUAUACCUUAUAGUGCUGUCCAGCUUUUUGCUUAUGAAACUUACAAGAAACUGUUCAAGGGAAAGGAUGGCCAAUUAUCUGUUAUUGGAAGACUUGCAGCAGGUGCUUGUGCGGGCAUGACAUCUACUUUUAUAACAUACCCUUUGGAUGUCCUGAGAUUACGCUUGGCUGUCGAACCAGGGUAUAGAACCAUGUCUGAGGUUGCUUUAAACAUGCUACGAGAGGAAGGAGUGGCAUCCUUUUAUUAUGGUCUUGGACCUUCUCUACUGGGAAUAGCACCCUAUAUUGCUGUUAACUUUUGCAUUUUUGAUUUAGUGAAGAAGUCUUUACCAGAAAAGUAUCAACAGAAGACACAAGCAUCUCUACUUACAGCUGUGGUGUCAGCUGCUGUUGCCACAAUCACUUGUUAUCCUCUGGAUACUGUUAGAAGACAAAUGCAACUGAAGGGCACACCAUACAAGUCUGUUUUUGAUGCAUUUCCAGGUAUUAUCGAACGGGAUGGAGUUAUUGGCUUGUACAGGGGCUUCUUACCCAAUGCGUUGAAAAAUCUACCAAACAGCAGCAUUAGGCUUACCACCUUCGACAUCGUUAAACGUCUGAUUGCAGCAAGUGAAAUGGAGUUUCAGAGAAUGGCGGAGCAAAAUCGUGAAAAAGAAAACCAGAACAUCACUGUCGAUCAAUCUUAAUCAACUCCGUCAUAUAAACUUCAUGGUGGAGUCAUGUUCAAUUGUUUGGUGUGGGAAUUACUUCUUUAGAGUAUUUGUAUGAUAUAUGAGAAUAUUUAGCUGCCAAUUAUAGUUUUCCUUGGCUGUUAUUUUGCUGUACAAUUGAUUAUAUGUGAAAUCAUGUUCAAUUAUAGUUUUCUUUCCUAUAUCUAUGCUGUCAAGUGGCCACGAGGCCUGCUAAGAUGUGGAAAUCCUUGGAGCUGGCAAUUGUUUCUUCUCAUAAAAUUGUGUUAUAUUAAGUAUUCGUUAAAUGUUAAA